AUGUUCGCCUAUGUGCGGUAUUCGGACGGGCACAAACACAUCGUUUCCACAGAAGACAUUAAAAAUUUUGACCCUAAAAAUUAUCAGCAGGACAUUUUGUAUCUUGUUCGCUGGGAAAACUCAUAUUAUAAAGCUCAGAGACCCGUGAAGAUGGAAGAGGAAUUAGCCAGCCCCUCCAAACAGAUACGAAUAGCAAAAAUCCUUAGUCAGGAUGAUGACAAGGACGAAACAGCAACUGCAAAAGAAAAAGGAGCACUGAACCAUCGGUCUCUAACAUUCAAACAUAACAGAAUUCAACCUUUGCAGGAGCCUGGAUUGGCCAUUCAUUACCAUUUUGUACAAGGUCUUUGUUACAUUUCUGUUGAUAAUAAUGAUGAUGCUUUACGGAAAACCCUAAAGACAGUUGAGGCAUCUGAAAAAAGAAAAAGCCUUUUGCAAAUCGUUGAAGAGAGAAAGUCAAAGAAGAGAAAGGCCCCACUAUUACAGACAGACCCAAAGAAAAGGAAAGAGGAGUUUUCUGACAGUGAAGAUGGUGAUGACGGAGCAGUUCAAAAAAUAUAUGAGAACUUACAAAUAAAAUACUGCUCCAUAAAGAAACAAAAACAAGACUUACAAGAAGAGCUGUCAGAGUGCAAACAAAAAUGUGCUGAAUUAGAAAAGGAAAAGGAGGAGCUUGUUGCAGAGCUGGCUACAUACAGAAGUCUCAACGUUACACUGCAGCAGAAUAUAAAUGAAGUGCUGCAAAGAGCCUUCUUAAAAACAAGUCCAUCUUUUCUUAAAGACAAUGGAACCUCCACACCUGAUGAGAUCACACCUGAUAAAUGUACAUGUGAGGAGAGAACACCUGAUGAGCUGCUUAAUACUAGUUCAGAGGGCAACAACCCACCUCUGAAUCAAGAAUCAAAAAGCCUUUAUGAAGGGACGGAUGGCAAGGUACAUUAGUUUAAUUGUCACACCUUUUUUACACCACUUCUU